GAUGUCAAUGCGAAAAUUAAUGACUCACUAGCGCGCUGACUGUACGGUAUCGAUAUUCUGACCACGUGCUUUGUCAAUUUUGCGGGCACUUGUCAAUGUUUAUAGAGGGCGCUCAUUACAAGAAAGAAAUGUACACCAUUCACUAGUAACGAAACAUGGCGAAAAGCCAUGAUUGGGAAUUACGAUCCGCGAGUGUAAUAUGGAUUUUAAUAGUGUUUUUAGGAGAAUAUUUUUGCGAUGCUUCACAAACUUAUUAUAUGACGGGACGGAAUUGCAAUCAACAAGUAGUGCUAGGUGGUGCCGUAGUGUAUUCUCACUACAUAAACUCGUCGGUGCUGUAUAGUGACGAUAUGGAUUGCUUAUUAAUGUUUAAAUCACGCCAAACUGGCUGGAAACUCAUGUUACGGGUAGUGGAACUUAAUAUUCCUGAUCGUCAGGCGAACGGGAUUUGCAAUGACGCGUUAUAUGUGUCAGACUCUCAAAAUAUAUAUACAGAUACCAUGCCAGAGGCGGGUGGUAACAAUGGGUUGUGUGGGAGCAAGCUACCAUCUACAAUAUAUUCCUCAGGACAGUUCUUGUCCGUCAGAUUCUUGACAGACAAGUACAAGCCCCCGAGUCGAUUUGACCAACACCCGAGAAAUGGGCGGGGUUUUAAAUUUAUCAUUACAGCAUUUAGUGAUGAUUUCAGUAAAGUGCAAUCUUGUGGCUCAGCAUUUCAAUGUGAUAACCAUAAAUGUAUAGAACCUGAUCUGACGUGUGAUCGGGUUGACCACUGCGGGGAUUACAGCGAUGAAAGUGCAGAGGGUCCCGCGCAGUGUGGAGUUAAAAAUGAGAACUUUUUGACCAAGUUCCUUUCACUGGGAGUAGCAGCGUCUGUCGGAAUCAUCGUCGGCGGACUGAUUGUUUGUAUAUUCUGCACAGCAGCACUAGUCUGCUGCUGUCGAAAUUCUUUCUGCCAAAAGCCGGCUGGAAGCACAUCAGGCGGCACAACGACAGGAACAACAGCAACGUUACUAAAUGGGGGACCAGGUUCCCACCACGGUUCCCAUCAUGGAAGUGUGCACGGGAGCCAGAUUGGAAGUCACCAUGGUAACGGCCAUGUACAGGCGCAUGUUGAUAGAGGUGGUGUAGUUCAUCAUCCAAUGAUGAGCCCGUUCACAAACCCCGCUCAACAGGGCUACUACCCGAUGCAUCCUGUGUACCCAUCCCCGCACGGAUCUGUUUACUCGGCUCAAACCCAGAAUUCCGGGUUUACAAGAGACUCUGGAAUUGCGCCCAAUCAGUUUGGUUACUCAAGUAGCGUGUAUUCAUCUCAGGCUCCAUCGUACCAUCGCUCACACACACCUACGAGUAGCAAGUCCGGGAAAUCACAUCACUCAAAUAACAGUGUCACUUAUACUCAUAAUACAGAAAAAGUCAUGGUGAAUCUAUAGUCAUGAUUUGUUUUGUUUUUUGUGAAAUCCUUCUUGUUUUUCUGGGUCGGUAUUCAUAAAACAUCUUAAGUCAUUUCCUAACUUAAGUAAAUUUCCUUUAGUUAAGUAUCUCGAUUUAUAUAAUAUCCUAAUAAUAUCUGAAAUACUUUUUUACAUUGAUUUUAUUGAAUGCAAAACCUUGUAAAAGACAUUUAUACAUUUCUUUAAAUAUGGCUUCAAAAAUCUAAGGAAAUCGACUUAAGUUAAGAAAUGAAUGAAUGUUUUAUGAAUACGGCCCCAUUUCAUUAUAUCUAGUUGUUUGAUCCCCUGCCAAUCAAGGUUUUAACAAGCGUAUAUAGGAUUAAUCUUGUUGUGUUCCAAUGGCUGAAAUUAAGCAUUAUUGCAUUUUAUAUACAUGGAUUUUUUUGUUUGUUCCAUUUUGCCUUUUUAGAAUACAAAAAUGUAAUUCUUGAAACAGUUAUGUCUGAAAUUAAAUGUAACUUCACGAACGCUUCUAUUUAUAAUCUGAUUCAAUAAAAUAGAAAGCAUCAACAUCUUGACCAAGUUUGAUAACUCUGUUGUUUUUCUGCUAGUGCUGAAGUCAUUUAACAUUGCUUUGUCCAUGCUUGUAUGGUUUAAAAAAAUAGAAAAAUUAAAGUCAUAUUGCUCUUUCUCAUAUUCACUGCAGUAGGGACAAAGCUGUAUAUGGGCUAUUAACCACAUACAGUGGUAAUUGUAUAUUUGAACUGAAUUGCAUUGAAAGCUCACAAUUAAAAAAUGUUCAAUGCAAAUGAGAUUAUUUGUUCAAUGGAUGGUUUGAUUGGUAAGAUGUUAAAUUAUGUGUAUUUAAAGACUGAGUCUUUAAAUUAUGUAUACCAUUUAUAUAUACAUGUACUUGUUUUGGACGUGUAAUAGAUAACUAUUAUGCAUUUUUUUUCGGGCUUGGUAUUUUUUAGCUGUGAAAUAAAUUUAAAAUUAUCAUCUUCAUUGACUAAUGUAUAAAUAAGCAUUUAAAAUGAGACAGUUUUUUAAGCUGGGUAAACACCACUAUGUUUGGACUGAACUUUUCUUACGUUUGGGAAAUAUCCUUCUCCGCUAGUAAGAGUAAACUCCGUUUACAAGAGUUAAUGUUCACUGGGAUCUAACGUUGUGUUUGUUGAAAAAUUAUAACAUACAAAAACUUUGUUGACAUUUGGAAAUAAAGGUUGGUAUAAGCUGUGUAAGAUUAACUUGUACAGAAUUUGCCUUAGUUGGUCUCCAUUGCAAACAUCGAUUGAGACGCUGGCGGUGGUGAAUUUAACUGUUGGUGAGAGCUUGCAGCAGGCUUAGUUAGGAUCUGUUGUCCAUCUUAGUAACUGGUUGGCUAUGGAAAGUUCAUCUAUGCUAGCCCCUUGCAUUACUAUUAUGUUCAUUGCAACAGGUACCCAUUGCCCUCCAUUGGACAUGCAUUCGUGAAGUUGGACACCGCCAGCGUCUCAGUUCGCGUUAGCCAACGUUGUCCAACUUAGGCAAAUUCUGUACAACUUUAUCAAUGUCAGUAAAUGUCGGUCCAAAUUUUGUAAUGUGAACCCAGCUUAAAGAAGCAAAAAUAAAUUGUAUAAAUGUUUUGGAGUUUAAAACUUAAGUCUAUUUUUUGUAUAAUAUUUAAGAAAUUAAAACAGAACUAGUCUUUCAUGCAGUGCUCAUAUUAGAAAAUAAUAAUUAUAUUUAAGUAUUAUGGACAUUUCUUGUGGGUAGUUUAACCAAUAAUUUGGGUACACCAUGUUUACAAGUAGCAUUAUUUGAUAAUAUCAUAAUUAUAGGCAGCUGAAAUUAUACACAUUAUGUGUAAUCAUUUGUAAACCAGGGUAAUAAUGUAUGUGUUUUAAUUUCAUAGAUUCUUAAAAUUAAAAAAAAACUAUAGAAUACAUAAUUCUGAUUUAAAAUGUCUUUAAAUAAAGAUACUUUUAUUGCAAUGUAAAAAAAGAAUUAAAUCAGUUUCAGUCGGCUAAUGAAAACAUAAUGCAUAUAUGUGCCAUAGACGUCGGUGGUUAUAACAGUUUUCAAAAUGAACCAUGAACUAUAGUAUUCCUUUCUAAACAUGUAAUCUUAAUCAUAAAAUAUUUGAGAUUUAUUAUAUAAGGUAGUUUCAGAUAUUGUUUUAUACAGUUUGGGAUUUGAACAGUUUAGUUAAUGAAGUCAUGAAAAUGACCUUUGUAGGGACCCAUGACAUAUUAUUCUGAUAACUCUACAUAAUUAUAUUCAAUACGUUAUGACUCAAAUAUACAAAGUUCAUAGUCAAAGCUAAACUCAAUGUUACAAACUGACUUUUUCAUCGAAAUAUUAAAUUUGAGAACUUUGACGUUACAAACUGUGACCAUAUCAUUGAAAUAUUAAUGUUGAGAGCUAAUUUUGAUGUAAUAAACGAUGACUUUAUCCUUACAAUAUCAAUUUUGAGAGCUAAUUUUGAGGCAAGAAACUGUGACUUUAUUAUUGAAAUAAUAAAUUUGAGAGCUUAUAUUGACAAUACAAACCGUGACUUUUUCAAUAUGAAUUUUUUUUUUGAAAUGUUAACUCGGCCUUAUCUUGUCAUUUUGUGCCAUUAGAUUGUUAGAAAAUGUAGAAAUCAAGCACAGAAUAGUAACGGUAGAUAUACAUGUAUACUCAUAAUUUAUGAUACAAACACAUAUUCUGUUCAGAUCGUAUACUUGUUCAUUGAUAUGUAUUCUUUGCCUCCUGUUCUACUUCGUCCCUGCUUGGGUUAAUGUUUUUAUUGCGACCUUUUUUCAUUGGUGUUUGCAUUUUUGUGUGGGCCAAUUACAAUCGAGGAUUUUUCAAAUUUUCUGUUCAUUAAUUUUACCUAUAUUGAUUCCGACGAAUGUACCAAAAUAAGUUUCAUAGACUAUAUUUCAGUCAGUCUAUUUUUCAACUUAUUUUUUAAACAUACCCGCUAUAUUAAGAGUAUGCUUACAUUUUUGAUGUCCAAAUAAUUUUAAAAUCAUAUAUACAUACAUGUUUUUUUAAUUAUCUUUAUCAAAAGUGUUUAUACAAGACUUGUUAUGGUAAUUGAUGCAUGUACCGGUAAACUGUCGUAUAUUAAGUUAUAAUAAGAAAUAAACUACUUUUUUAAUUUACUUAUACAAGUCUUUUAAUUAAUUUUAGCUUGAAAACGUCCAUCAGUGUAUUUUUACUAUGUGCUACAUGUCAGGGUAAUGUCAUAUGGUUAUUGUGAAGGUUGAAAUGUUUGAUUUUGCUUCAGAUAUUCAUUGUAGUGAAAGAGCUUUGUGCAACAUCUUACAUUGUAAUUGAAUAUUAUUAUCAAAAAUGCACCUAUGUUUGUAUUACUCUUAAGUUAUUCAUUGAGUAAAUUAAAAUGUAACUCUUUAAGUUAUUCAUGGAGUUAAUAAUAAUAAUAAUAAGAAGAAGAAGAAUAAUAAUGAUGAUAAUAAUAAUAAUAAUAAUAAUAAUAAUAAUAAUAAUAAUAAUAUAACUCUUAAUGUUAAUCAUUGAGUUAAUUAAAUAUAAAUCUUAUAUAUCAUUCAUUGAGUUUAUAAUAAUAAUAUUACUCUUUAAGUUAUUCAUGGAGUAAAUAAUAAUAAUAAUUAUAAUAAUAAUAAUACUCUUCAAUGUUUUUCAUUGAGUUAAUUUCGGUGUAACUUUUUUUAGUUAUUAAUUGAGUUAAUUAGAAUGUAACUCUUUUAAGUUAUUUAUUGAGUUAAUAAAACUUCUUGCGACAGGCAAUCAGACCCAAUGUGAGGUACAAAAUUUAUUCUAAUUCCCAUAAAAUCUACCUCAUGUACUGUAGAUGUACAUUGUAUUUCUUCCCAUUUUAAGAUUGAUUUAGUUUUGUUACUAGUAUUGUAUGGCUUAUAUCAACUUGUGUUUUUACCGUGAAAGUAUUGUUUUACUUACCUUUUACAAUUCUUGUUUCAGAAUUUCAGAUGUAUAUCUAAAGUUAUUUUAGUAUAUUUUUGGUAACCAGGCUCUAUUUAAGUUGAUUUUUACAUACUUGUCUUAAUAGUUAUUUAAUACAACCAAUGUUCUUAUACAUUCAUUGUGUCCCGUAGAAAAAUAUUAAGUCAUACAGAUGAAAAAAUAAAAUUGCUUGUUCAGCUUUGCUUUGUAAGUUUGUCAUAUGGUUGUGAAGUUUGGAAGGAAUGCAUACAAAUUCAAUAAAAAGUAUGCAGUUUUCUUUUUAUCUCCUACAACUUUGUUCAUGUAUACAUGUAUUUGUAAAUAGUGCGAGUAUUUUUCUGUCUAUUUCUAUGAAUACUUUGUGUACAGUAGAUUGUUAUCAUUGAUUUCAACUCAUUUUCCACAUGAUUAUUUAUUAUAUCAGUUUAAAGAAGUUGUAUUGAUAAAUUCAUGAGUUGUAUAUUGUCUUUUAUAUUGUAUUAUUUUGUGGAUUAUUUUGAACAAAGUAAGGGUAAUUAAACACCAAACC